GCUCUGACGGGAAGUGGGCGGUUCCUCAUGCAGCAGUCGCUACUUGGAUACGACGAAUAUCAACUCAGAUUUAACUUAUUUUGACGGUUUGUGAGCGUUUAGCCGUUUCAUAAAUAGACGCCACAUAAAGCAUCUCGUCACCAUUUAUUCCGUCGUCAUGGUGUUGUGGAGGAUCGAGCACCAGCUGUUAGCAUUAGCUUGUCUGGCCUCUGGUCUUCUGGCUUCAGACGAAUACCAGCACCAUGUGAGCAUAGUCCCACUUUCUGCAUUAUUGGAAAUCGGGACCAACUUCACAGCGACAUGCAACAUAAUCAACACAAAUGAAACUACAGCAGAUGACUUGUUUUGGGAGUCAUCUGGAAUUGCUGUCCCCAAAGAACAAUACACCAAGAUCAACAGCUCAGCUCUUAAUGUCACCUUGACUGUCACCAGUGAAAUGGGUCCAUGGUUAGUUUGUAAAUCCAAGAACCCAUCCUCGCCCUAUGUUACCAUGUAUCCUGGCAGAUUUUUCUAUGUGAUCCGGAUCACCAAAGGCUAUCGCCCUGAAAAGCCUGCAAAUCUUUCCUGUGUGGCUGUUCAGGAGAAGUCCGUCUUUAACAAAAUCAGCUGUUUUUGGAACCCAGGAACAGACAGAAACACUGAAAUUCAUACAACCUACACUCUGAAGGUUAUAGUAUUUUAUUAUAAGAACUUCAGUGUGGUGGCAAAGGAAAAUAACCGUGCCCAGGUGGCACUGGGGACAUUCCCUCAUCACAUGAAUAUGGAUAUCUGGGUGGAGGCGGAGAAUAAACUGGGAAAAGAAGAGUCCAGUCAUUUGAAAGAAGAAGCUGAAAUGUUUGUCAAAACAAGCCCUCCAUCAGAUGUUCAAGUCAUUUCAGAGAAGAGUUUUCCCACCUCACUUCUGAUUACCUGGAAACAUCCGAUUGGGAAUGAGUAUGUGACACUAAUGUAUCAAAUCAGAUUCUGUCGGAAUGGAUCCCACAACUGGACUUAUGUGCCUCUUUCUGACACUUCAAGGGGAAUCCAGUCUUUCAGGCUCCAGAAGCUUCUACCGUACACUGCUUAUAUCACCCAGGUGCGGUGCAAAUGUUCUGUAGAGGGUUAUGGCUACUGGAGCGAGUGGAGCAGCAAUGCUACCCGAAGAACACCGGAGGAUCAACCAAGAAGUAAACCAGAUUUAUGGCAAAUCAUCACUUCUGGUGACGACAUAAACGAACGCCAAGUGAAAAUCAUUUGUAAGGAUCCUGUGUUGUCCAAUGGAAGGAUAACAAGUUUUGACAUAAGAGUUGGUGGAAGAGCAGAGUGGGAGAGUAUCCUGGUCAACCGUUCAGAAAACCAGAGGGAGAUCACCUUCCUCAAAGAGAUUUACCUGGCUGACAAGGAAUUCGCUAAAGUAGAAGUCACCGCCCACAAUUCUGUGGGGACCUCUCCUAAGGCAGUCUUAGUCAUCCCUAAAAUAGGACAUGAACUGGCCCCAGUGGAAGGGCUGAAGGUGUGGCCCUACAGAGGCCAGCUGUGGCUGGAAUGGAAGCUUCCCAGCAUAACUACACCAAUAAAUGUGACACACUAUGUGGUUGAGUGGAAAAGUGACAUUGACAUAGCCUGGCAGUGGGAAAAUCGAGGCACCACAAGAACUGAAAUUAAAGAUGACCUGGAGUAUUUUAAGUGCUACAACAUAUCUGUGUAUCCAAUUUACUCUGGUUGGAUUGGGAAGCCUGUAACUACAGAAGCCUUUCGAGAGCAAGGAGCUCCACUGGAAGGUCCUUCUGUUAGGCUGAAUGGUAAAGCAGGUCCCAGUGAGGCAGAACUCGUGUGGAAUGAGAUUCCUCGGGAUAAACAACGGGGCUUCAUCACAAACUACACAAUAUUCUAUUCAAGUGGGACUAAUCUAUACAACGAAACGGUGCCAGCUAAAACUUACUCCUACACUCUGAAGCAAUUGUUAAGCAACACCAAGUAUGAGACUUGGAUAAAGGCUUCAACCAUUGCAGGCUCAGCCAUUGGUCCAAAACACUCAUUUAGCACUGUGAAGUAUGCACCUGGAGAGUUUGAAGGCAUUGUGGUCGGCAUCUGUUUCGGUGUCCUUGUUUUCCUUCUGGGGACCAUGAUGAUCUGCAUCUGCAAGAGACACGUGAUCAAGCAGAAGUUUUGGCCUCAGAUCCCAAACCCUGGAAACAGCAGUAUUGGCAGCUGGUCUCCUGAUUAUCCUUUGAAAGCCGACACACCAAAGGAGAGCAGCCUGGCUGGUGUUAGUGUGCUUGAGGUGGACCUGUUUGAUGGGAGGUCUGUGUUUGAUGAUGACAAGACCAGUUUGCCUCUGAAGAAGGACAAGUAUCUAUCUGAGGAGCACAGCAGUGGCAUCGGGGGUUCCUCGUGCAUGUCGUCACCACGCCAGAGUGUGUCUGACAGCGAUGAGGGCGGGGACGUUGGUGAAACCACAGCCAGCACUGUCCAGUACUCCUCAGUGGUGGCCUCCAGCGGGUACAAGGGUCAGACCCCAACCUCUCAGCCCCAACAAGCCAUAUUUUCACGAUCUGAGUCAACGCAGCCACUCCUCGACUCUGAGGAGACCCCAGACAUGUUGGGGCAGGAGGGCAGCGAACAGUCAAAGCGUCGCCCCCGAAAUCCUGGUUUCAGCCAGGCAGAGGUGAGGUCAGACAACGCUGACUCUCCAGACUUCACCCAGCUGGAGAUGGAGGAGCAGUCAGCGCUGGAGUCGCUCAGCUUCCAUCCCAUCGUGGAGGACUGUGAGCAGGCAGAAGAGGCAGCGUGUGGGUGGCUGCAGUCAGCAAAAGUCCCCAGCUACAUGCCUCAGCGGGGCGGCUACAGGCCACAGUGAGAAAUUUCACCAGUAUUGGUUCUUUCCUGCAUUUGAGGAAGUGCGCAGGCAUCUCUUUGGCUUUUAUCAAGUAUUAACAGCUGAUAAUGCUUUGAGGCAGAUGUGUUGACGAAAGCACUUCGAGCUACACAAAGAUGAUUUCACACUCAAAUGUGCAGUUCAGUUUGAACUUCACUAACCCUUUUCUUUUAAGACUAUGGACAAUGUACAUGAGUUUAAUCAGCUGAAGCUUCAACCUCAAAAAUAUAUUUACUGCCAA